CCACCGACCACCCUUCGCUACCUCUGCCUCCUCUAUUCAUGACCCAAGCCUAGGGGCUUCCCGCUGCCUCCCUCCUCGUCAGAAUGCAGGCCUCCUCGGGGAUGCUAACAAAAUUCGAGUCGAAGUCUUCGCGAGCGAAAGGCAUCGCCUUUCACCCCAAGAGGCCAUGGAUCCUCGUUUCCCUCCACUCUUCCACUAUACAGCUAUGGGAUUACCGCAUGGGAACCCUUAUUGAUCGCUUCGAAGAACACGAUGGGCCUGUGCGAGGCAUCGAUUUCCACAAGACGCAACCGCUCUUCGUCUCUGGAGGCGACGACUAUAAGAUCAAGGUCUGGUCCUACCAGACUAGGCGAUGUCUGUUCACCCUGAACGGACACCUGGAUUAUGUGCGAACCGUUUUUUUCCACCACGAGUUGCCGUGGAUCAUAUCAGCUUCGGACGACCAGACGAUCCGGAUAUGGAACUGGCAAAAUCGCUCGCUAAUUUGUACUAUGACCGGCCAUAAUCACUACGUAAUGUGCGCCCAGUUCCAUCCCAAGGACGACCUAGUGGUAUCCGCCUCUCUCGACCAGUCCGUUCGCGUCUGGGAUAUAUCUGGCUUGAGGAAGAAGCACUCGGCUCCGACUUCCAUGUCCUUCGAGGACCAGGUCGCCCGAUCGAAUGCGCAGCAGACUGACAUGUUCGGUAAUACCGAUGCGAUGGUUAAGUUCGUGCUGGAGGGCCACGAUCGCGGUGUGAAUUGGGUGGCCUUCCAUCCAACUGCCCCGCAUAUCGUAUCGGCUGGUGACGAUCGCCUCAUAAAGCUGUGGCGAUUUAGCGAAACCAAGGCUUGGGAGGUUGACACAUGUCGCGGUCACUUCCAGAACGCUUCUGGCUGCCUGUUCCACCCCCACCAGGACCUCAUCCUGUCAUGCGGCGAGGACAAGACGAUCCGGGUGUGGGACUCGCAGAAGCGUACUGCUGUUCAGUCUUUCAAGAGGGAAAAUGAUCGUUUCUGGGUGAUAGCGGCACACCCGGAGAUUAACUUGUUCGCCGCCGGCCACGACAACGGUGUGAUGGUGUUUAAGCUGGAAAGAGAACGUCCGGCGUCGACUGUUCACCAGAACUCUCUCUUCUUCGUUACCAAAGAGAAGCAUGUUCGGUCUUAUGACUUCCAGAAGAACACCGAAAGUCCGACAUUGCUGUCUCUGAAGCGGCUCGGGAGCGCCUGGGUACCCCCCCGAACGCUAUCGUAUAACCCUGCCGAGCGCUCCGUCUUGGUUACGUCGCCCACCGAUGGCGGUUCCUACGAACUGAUCAGUCUCCCUCGGGAUGGUUCCGGCGCAUUGGAUGCCACCGACUCGAAGCGCGGGCAAGGGAAUUCGGCCAUUUUCGUCGCCCGAAACCGAUUUGCCGUCCUGAACACUGCUACGCAGACCAUCGAUAUUAAAGAUCUCUCUAACAAUACGGCGCGAUCCUUCAAGCCUCCCAUCGGGACCACCGACAUCUACUUCGGCGGCACCGGGAACCUGCUCAUCAUCACCCCUACUGCCGUUCACCUCUAUGACAUCCAACAAAAGAAGACUAUCUCCGAGCUGGCCGUGAAUGGCGUCAAAUAUGUUAUUUGGUCUAACGACGGCCUUCAUGCGGCGCUCUUGAGCAAGCAUAACGUCACUAUCGUUACCAAGGCGCUCGAACAGGUGAGCACGCUGCACGAGACUAUUCGAAUCAAGAGCGCGGCUUGGGAUGACGCGGGAGUUCUGUUAUAUUCUACCCUGAAUCACGUCAAGUAUACCCUCAUGAACGGCGACAAUGGUAUCGUCAGGACCCUGGAUCAGACGGUCUAUCUUGUGAGAGUCAAGGGACGGAAUGUUUACUGCCUUGAUCGAGCUGCUAAGCCUAGGGUUCUCCAUAUCGACCCAACGGAAUAUCGGUUCAAGCUGUCGUUGGUCAAGCGCAACUACGAAGAGAUGCUUCAUAUCAUACGCACUUCGAGUUUGGUUGGGCAAUCUAUCAUCUCGUACCUCCAGAAGAAGGGAUACCCGGAGAUUGCGUUGCAGUUUGUGCAAGACCCGACCACUCGAUUCGAACUUGCUAUCGAGUGCGGUAACCUCGAUGUAGCUGUGGAGAUGGCCAAGGAAUUGGACCGACCCAAGCUCUGGACGAGAUUAGGCGCUGAGGCCUUGGCGCAUGGAAACCACCAAGUCGUGGAGAUGGCUUACCAGAAGCUAAAACAGUUCGAUAAACUCUCGUUUCUUUACCUCUCAACUGGCGAUCACUCGAAGCUGGCGAGAAUGGCCAAGAUUGCCGAGCACCGAGGCGACUUCUCGGCCAGGUUUCAAAACGCACUGUACCUGGGCGAGGUCGAAGACAGGAUACAAAUGCUCAAAGAAAUUGAUCUAUACCCUCUGGCAUACAUGACGGCUAAAGCCCAUGGCCUCGAGGAAGAGAGUCAAUCCAUCUUAGAGGCUUCCGGCAUCACCGAGGAUCAACUGACGUUACCUAAGUUUGGCGAUGCCUUAGCACCUCCGAAGCCGGUUGUGCCGACUCACCAGGCGAAUUGGCCCACUAAGGCAACUUCACAAUCCUUCUUCGAGAAAGCGCUCGCUAGUCAGCUAGAAGGCAUCAGCCUUGAGGAGGAGCCCGUCGCGGCAGCUAGCGGUUUUGGUCUCGAUGAGGCAGCCGAUGAAGAUGUUGGGGCCAAACGAAGUGGCGCUUUGGAAGCUGAUGACGAUGAAGACGCAGCCGGGUGGGAUAUGGGCGAAGAUAUCGCCCCGGAAGCUGAUAGCGACUUUGUUAAUGUCGAGAGCACGGACGCCGGAGGUGCUGGCAGCAGCGAGGCUGACUUGUGGGCUCGCAACUCACCAUUAGCCGCCGAUCACAUUGCUGCGGGCUCGUUCGAGUCCGCUAUGAACCUACUAAACCGACAGGUCGGCGCUGUUAAUUUUGCCCCCCUCAAGCCACGUUUCCUAGAGAUCUACUCGGCCUCGAGGACUUUUCUACCCGCUUCCGUCGGUCUACCACCUCUAGUCAACUAUGUGCGCCGAACAUUGGAUGAGGUAGAUCUUAGGAAGGUUCUUCCCCUAAUCCCACGAGAUAUCGAGCACCUUGCCACCGGGGACCUCCACAAGGGGUAUGAGUCGAUGAAGGCGAACAGACUUGAGGAGGGCGUGCAGAUCUUCAAGGGUAUACUGCAUGCCAUGCUCGCCAACACUGUCUCCAGUGAGAGCGAGGUAGCCGAAGCCAAGAAGCUUAUCACCUCAGCGAGUGAAUACACCGUGGCCAUGUCAAUCGAGCUCGCGCGAAGGAGACUCGGUCCUCAGGAUGCGGUCAAUGGUGACCCCCAGCUUCUCAAGCGAAGCCUCGAGCUGUCGGCAUACUUCACGAUCCCUAAGAUAGAAGUCCCUCACCGACAACUUGCUCUCCUGAACGCUAUGAACCUGGCAUCGAGGAGCAAGAACUACAGCUCAGCCCUGAGCUUUGCGAACCGUAUCCUAGCCAACGGCGGGGCUAACAGAAUACUUGAAAGUGCUCGGAGGAUAAAGGCUCAAUGCGAGCGGAAUCCGCACGACGCAGUUGAGAUCGAAUAUGACCAGUUCGCCGAGUUCGAGAUCUGCGCGGCUAGCUAUACCCCUAUUUACAGCGGUACAGCGUACGAAGAGUGUGCAUUCGACGGAUCGAGGUACCAUACGAAGUACAAGGGCACCAUCUGCGCCGUCUGCGAGGUCUGUGAAGUCGGAAAACACGGAAGCGGCCUCAAGCUAUUUGCUUAAAUUCGUGACGGAGUUGGGGAAGAUAAUAUCUGUCGGUCCAUUACUUGUUUGGGUCGGACGAUUUACGAAAUAACAAGAGCAUACACUGUUGUAGCCAAGAGGGGGUGGGGGUGAAAACACCAUUCUAGAACCUGGAACGGAAAAUACGGGGGGGACGAGUUAUACGAAACAACGUAUUCGCGCCGUCGUUGACGAUGGUGAUUCGAAUGAGUAGUCGAUAGUCAUAGUAGCAGUGGCAGUGUAUGGAACGACAUGGUGUGAUGACUUACUGCCACUAGGAAUGUGAUGACCACAAAAAUGAGGGUCCUUCAUCCUUUAUAGAUUAUACGAAUAUUUACGAGUGGGAGCCGUGAGAAAGGCAUACUGCUAGGGGCUGAGGAAGACGAAGAUAAAUCGUGAUGCUUGCCUAAAUAAAACUUACUUGACACCGUGGUGCC